AUGUUUGCUAGGGCACGAGAUUUCACACUUGAUCUGCUACGGCGAAUUGGACUGCGUAUCUUCCAUCACGAUUCUUCUGGAGAUAAACACAAAAAAUUAAAACAUUCAGACGCAGAAAGGCAAGUUUUUACUUCGUCUGUAGUGAAUAGUAAAAGAGAAAAGAAUGAAACAAAUGUCACGACGUCAGGAGAUGAUGAAAAACAAGCCAGAGAAGCAGAAAAGAUAGUUAUAACUUCUGAGCCUGAUUCCCAAACGAAAGAGGAGAAUGAUUCGCAACCUGAGUAUAAUGAAGUAACCGUUUCUGAACUAAUGGAAACGAAUAUUGAUGCUAUUCCUACAUCUGAGGAGAUUAAACCGAAGCAAGAUGGCAAAGUAACUGAAUUCUGCAUGAUGACCACUAUUUCUGACCAAGAACCAACAUCAACAGUAGACGUUUUAGAGCCUCAAGAACCGAAACAAGAAUCUUUUCUGGGUACUGAAGAAUAUAAUGACUUUAAAGAGGUUGUAGCCCAGGCGGUGACAUCUACUGAUACGGUUGGAAGUAAUGCACCUGAGCCGGAUAGUGCUUUACCAGAAAUAGAAAGUCAAAAGUUAGAGACUUCUGAUGAACCUGAAACUUCUAAACUUGAAGCUCUAGUCGAGUCUGCUAGUAUUCCUGAAUCAGGGUCGCAAGAGACUAGGUUAGCUAAUUCCCAACCCAAACUUGAAGAUGACCUAGAGUGUAACGUUCAAGUUACAGAGAGUACAGGAACUCAUCUGGAUGGGACAGAUUCUUCGCAGACAGUAAAAUCUGGAACCGAACAGAGAAUUGAAGAGUUCAGUGCUCCUGAACUUCAAGUGCAGGAAGUAAAAUCCUCCGAUGAGGGGGUUAUGGGGGAGACAUGCUUCACAACUAAUGAAGUUUUGCCGGUGAUCCAACCUGCUGCCGUAACUGGGGUUGCUGAAAGUAGACAAGGUGUACCCAUCGCUGUCCAUGAAUGUGAGACUGAAAUCGCUGAUGAAAUUCAGGAACUCCUUAAACCCGAUGCGAUCGAAGAGACUCCAGUUCUAGGUGAUUCGGAAAUGCAGGCAAAUGAGGAACACCUGGAAUCAUUCGAUCACCCUCAGCAUGAAGUCUAUGAAUCAGAGGAUCUAAUUGGUACCGAAGAUAGUAUUGAAGUAUCAAACGAUGCUAAUGAAGUUCCAAUGGAAACCACUGAUGAAAAGAUAGAGGAGCACCAAUUCGAGCGAUCUAAUGAGCCAAUGCAGCCACAAAAAGUUAUUCCGUCAGUGAAAGACGACCCUGAAGAAGUUAUGUCCGAUGAAGAGAUUAAAGAGUCAAUUAAUGAUCCCGUCGAACUAAUGAAAACCUCAGAAUUUGUAAAUGCUGACGAUCAGGGGAUUUCUAAAAAUGAUGAGAAUUUGGUUGCUGAGAGAGCCUUUGAAGUUGAAGAGGAAAAGGAAGUCCUUAAGCAGAUUAAACUUGAGGAAAUGGCUGAUAAUGUGGAAUUUGAAGAACAGCCAUCCGUGAGUCAAGAUGACGGAGUAAGUAAUGAAGCUAGGGAACUUCGAAAAAUAACCGAUACCAUGCCUGAGUUUGAGUCGAUACAGGUCAAUGAAAAGCUUGUGGAAGUUGCAGAGCAAGUCGAUGAACAACAAGGAGUGUUCGAAGCAAAGCACAUUGAAGUUGAUGGAAUUAAGCACGAAUCCGAGUCAAAGUCAGCGAAUGAAGUUGUAGCAUCUGAGGCGAAACAACCAACGAGUUCAGAAGACGUUAAAGAUGAGAUUCAGCAUACGUUUUUGGAUCGAUUUCAUGAAAAAGUAGUUGAGUUGGGGACUAAAUUCGCCGAAGAAAUGUCAUCUGGCAAUGAAAAUGAAGGAGGAUCCUUGGAAAUGAAUGAGAAACCUGUUGAAAUUCGACAAGCACCUGAAGAUCCUGGAUCGAAAAUGUCUGAGGGUUUCGAGGAGACUGAAAACAUACAGGUGGAAUCUCCUUUAAGUGAAGAGAAAGCUGAUGUGAUUCAGGAUGAAUCUAAGGAACAAUCUCAUGAAGAAGUAGUUGAGUUUGGGACUAAACUCUCCGAAGAAAUGUCAUCUGCCAAUGAAAAUGAAGGAGAAUCCUUAGAAAUGAAUGAGGAACCUGUUGAAGUUCGGCAAGCAUCUGAAGAUCCUGAAUCGAAAAUGUCUGAGGGUUUCGAGGAGACUGAAGACAUACAGGUGGAAUCUCCUUUAUGUGAAGUGAAAGCUGAUGAGAUUCAGGACGAGUUUAAGGAGCAUUCUGAUGAAAUAACUCUAGCACCCGAGGUAAAGAGUGAAACUAAAGUGCAAGGUGAUAUUGGCGAACCUCAUCAAGAAUCCACAAUCUUUCAUGAAGAACCUGUAAAAUCUGAUCAAACUGAAAAUAAAGUUGAAGAGAGAAUAUCAGCAUCUGAAUCCGAAAAGGAGGAAAUUAUUGGUUCAGAAGCAGAGGAGACACGUAUUUUUGAAAGGACUCUAGUCGAGCCUAAUAUUGUACAAGAGCAAGAAGACGAAUCAGGGAAGGAGUUACAAGAGCCUUCUAAAACCGAUGAUGUUCGAGAGGGAGAUUGGAUGGCAUCUAACGCUGAGUCUGACGAAAUUCCGACUGCCACUGAGGAAGGGACAGAAGAGGAGGGAGGCGGGCAGCGUGACGAAGCCAAAUCUUGCCGUAAGCGUCGACGAAGGCACGGUAGAAAUAGAUAUGGCAAAGGGAAGCACUGA